AUGUUUCGAGAAUCGAGAUUUUUAUUGAACAUUGCUAAUGUUCUAUGCUACAACGGCAAAUAUGACGUGUAUUUGCUUGUGGUUAAAUUCGAAGGAAAUGUCAUUUUAAAGAAACCUUUAGAAAAAGUUCACUUGAUAGAAGUAACUUAUAUAGAGGAUAAGGAAUAUUCACAGGUGCAUAAUAAAGGUGAAUUUGAAAUUAGUAAUUGGACAUCUGAAGAUAAAAAAGAUGAUGAUCACCUCAUAAAAUUGCUAGGAUUUUAUAUGUACUUCUCAUAUAAAGGCAAGUUAAGAAAUUAA